AGUGAGUCAGGCCAUCCAUGUAAACAGAGGGCGGUUUGAUAGGGAUUGGGUAUUAAAUUAAUAGAUUGCUAUGACAGAGAGCUGUGUCAUUUCCGGGAAAGGGAUCCAGGUCUCUAUAAAACUGCUCCUCUCCCGGGGACCUUCAUUCCCACUUCUCGCUUUCCUCUCGAGCUCAGGCCACCCCGACACUCGACGAUGUGCUCCCGACAGGACAAGGACCAGUGCCACAGGCAGGAGCGCUACACCCCUCAGAGCAGCGGCGGCUGCCACAGCUCUGGUGGCGGUGGCGGCUGCCACAGCUCUGGCGGUGGCGGUGGCGGCUGCCACAGCUCCGGCGGUGGCGGCAGUGGUUGCCACAGCUCUGGUGGUGGUGGCGGCUGUCACAGCUCCGGCGGUGGUGGCUGCCACAGCUCUGGUGGCGGCUGCCACGGCUCCGGUGGAAGCUAUGGGAAGCCCCAGAUACCAUGCCAGCAGCAGCAGCAGCAGAAGCACAUCCCGCAGGUGCCCUCGCAGAAGAUGAAGUGAUGGGGUGUCCCACACGUCCCAGCUCCGCCAGCAAAGGCCGCACAGGGACCAGCUCCCUCUGGCCUCCCCAAAGCUUUACAAGCCUCAGGGCUGCCCAGCUGCAAACCCUCUCCCCUGCCCUCCAGGGCCAUCACUUGUGGGGAUGGGAAUCACUCGUGCUUCCCUGCUCCCUCUGCCUGAUGCAUCAGGCUGCGCUUUGACCCCAUGAUGUACCUGUGAGACAAUAAAGCAUUACGUUCCUGA